CCACACGCCCCGGCGGCCAUGGCCUCUCCUCUCCUCUCCUCUAUAAAGCUUCCUCGCUCACACCACGGCACCACGCGCACACACACAAGCUCUCAUCGCGCAGCACAGCUUCGACUCGUUAAUCUCGAGCUAGCUAGAGAUAGUAGUUUUCGUCACCAACUCGUCUUCUUGGAUCGGAGGAGGGCUGGCCGGCGAGAGAUUAAUUUACGGUCGAGGAGGAUCGGAGGAGGAGAUGGAGGUCGCCGCCGCCGCCGCCGCCGCAGCGAGCUACGUGGCCGACGACGUUGACCGCUGCCUCAAGGCGACCGAGCUGAGGCUCGGCCUGCCGGGCACCGAGCUAGAGACGGCGCCGGCCGCCGCGGCGCUGCCGACGCCGCCGUCCACGCCCCGGGGCAAGAAGCGCGACGGGAACACCGCCGGCGCCGAGGAGGCAGCCAAGACCGCGCCGCCGGCCGCCAAGGCUCAGGUGGUGGGGUGGCCGCCGGUGAGGUCCUACAGGAAGAGCUGCUUCCAGCAGUCCAGCAGCAGCGCCGCCAAGAGCAAGCCGGCGGCGCCGCCGGAGGAGAAGGCCCCGGCCCCGGCCCCUGUCGCCGCCGGUGGCAACGCCAACGCGGCGAUGUUCGUCAAGGUGAGCAUGGACGGGGCCCCCUACCUGAGGAAGGUCGACCUCAAGAUGUACAAGGGCUACCGCGAGCUCAGGGAGGCCCUGGAGGCCAUGUUCCUCUGCUUCUCCGGCGGCGCUGACGCGCCGGCGGCCGUGAACCCCUCCGACUUCGCCGUCACCUACGAGGACAAGGACGGCGACCUCAUGCUCGUCGGCGACGUCCCCUUCGACAUGUUCAUCAGCACCUGCAAGAGGUUGAGGAUCAUGAAGGGGUCUGAAGCCAGAGGCCUGGGCUCAGUGAAGAACAACUGAGGUUGCAGGAUUUGCAUGUCUUGUGCACGAGCAGAUUCUUUUGUUCUUUUGGGCUGCUUGGAGUCUCCAAGGCAUGGACAUGUUUUCACCAUCUCCCCUUGUCUGACUCGACUCGAUCUUCGACACAACAUGGAGACAAGACAAAGGCAAAGCAUGCAAUUGCAAGGUCGAGGGAAGAGGAGUGAGUCAAGCUUGCAAGGAGAGACAGCUUUGUGCAUCAAAGUGCAUGCAUGCGUGGAUGUGUGGUCACUUUGUUUCCAUUUUUCUCUCUUUUUUUUUACUGCUACUGCUAGGUGUUAGCAACACAAAAGGAGUGGAGAUUCGAGUUGACAUCUCCAUGUGUGUUUGUACAAAGCCAAAGAUCACUUUCAAGUUUUAUCUAUCAGUGCUUGGUUUCUUCUGUAAGUGCAGGAGGGGGAAACAGGGUUGUUUUCCCCUCUGAUGAGUUUUAUCUAUCCAUAUAUCUCCUUUUGUUUGUGCAA